UAAAUCGAAAUACUUUAUAUUUGUUUGCGAACACGUUUUUCAUUAUUUCACCGAAACGCCAAGAAGGAAACGCCCAAGCCAGAAGCCUCGCGGAAGGAAAUUCUCUCAGCUCCCGUCUGCAGAUCUCGCGCGUGAAAAUGACUACUUCAAGGCGCCUUGCAGAUCGGAAGGUGGGGAGGUUUGAAAAGAACAUCACAAAGAGAGGAGCAGUGCCUGAAACAACUACAAAGAAAGGAAAAGACUAUCCGGUUGGCCCAUUAGUACUUGGUUUCUUCGUCUUUGUUGUCAUUGGAUCUUCUCUAUUUCAGAUAAUCCGGACAGCAGCUAGUGGUGGCAUGGCAUGAACAGAGGAUACUCUCUCUCUCUCUCUCUCUCU